UGCCGAUUGCAUCGAGCUGCGGCUGUACCUUUAUAUAUAGUCUAUGGGCUGUACUGAUGUAAAGUUGCAUUUCAGCAGCAGAGGAGCAGACCCGACGAAAAAAAGUAUAAAAGUAUUGAUCCUAUUCGCUCUAGUAUCAAUAUUUUGAAACGUAACGUAAUAUCAGAAGUAUCGACAUUUUGGGAUCGAUCCGCCCACCCCUAAUGCGGAUGUACAGUUGCAUCAGCAAAGGAGCAGACCAGACGCACGAUAGCUUCUGUGCUCUCAUUUCCAUUUUUUGAACACACAAUUAUUUAUCUGUCGUUGGACUAAGGCAGACAUGGCGACGGAGAUAACGAAAGGUGUGGAACAAGUUUCAGUGGGAGAGCUGUAUGUGUCGGACAAAUGUGGCAGCGACCAGGAUGGGGACGGCACGGAGGCGAAACCAUUCAAAACUCCUCUCGGGGCUCUGAUGUCCGCGGGGAAGGUGCCGUUCCCGACCGUCUACGUAGAAUCACAGAAGGAGGGAGAGCGUUGGGCUGUGAUCUCUAAGACGCAAAUGAAGAACGCCAAGAAGGCCUUUGAACGCGAGCAGAUCAAGUCUGAUGGCAAAGAAAAGAAGGAGGCGGAGGACACUGAGAGGAGAGAGAAGAACUUGGACGAAGCCAAGAAGAUCACCUUUGAGAAGGACCCCAGCCUGCCUGAGCCUGAAACGGUUAAAAUCCAUCAUCUAGAGGCCAAGAGAGGUCAGAGGGUCAAAGUGUUUGGAUGGGUGCAUCGCCUCAGGAGACAGGGAAAGAACCUGAUGUUUAUCGUGCUGAGAGACGGGACUGGUUUCCUCCAGUGUGUCCUUUCUAAUAAACUGUGUCAGUGCUUCAACGGCCUGGUGUUGUCCACAGAGAGCACCGUCGGUCUGUACGGCACCGUCACUGCAGUGCCCGAGGGGAAACAGGCGCCCGGGGGCCACGAGCUGCACUGUGACUUCUGGGAGCUGAUUGGCUUAGCUCCGCCGGGCGGGGCCGACAACCUCCUGAACGAGGAGUCGGACGUGGAGGUGCAGCUGAACAACCGACACAUGCUGAUCAGAGGAGAGAACGUCUCCAAGGUGCUGCGAGUGCGCUCCACCGUCACGCAGUGCUUCAGAGAUCACCUCUUCAGCAAAGGAUACUGCGAGAUCACUCCUCCGACCCUGGUGCAGACGCAGGUGGAGGGCGGCUCCACGCUCUUUAACCUGAACUACUUUGGCGAGCAGGCGUACCUGACGCAGUCCUCUCAGCUCUACCUGGAGACCUGCAUCCCCGCCCUGGGGGACACCUUCUCCAUCUCCCAGUCCUACCGGGCGGAGCAGUCCCGCACCCGCAGACACCUGGCCGAGUACACUCACAUCGAGGCCGAGUGUCCCUUCAUCUCUUUUGAAGACCUGCUGAACAGACUGGAGGACCUGGUGUGUGACGUGGUGGACCGAGUGCUGAAGUCCCCCGCCGCUCAGCUGCUCUACGACAUCAACCCCAACUUCAAACCACCCAAGAGGCCGUUCAAGAGGAUGGCUUACACUGAAGCCAUCGAGUGGCUCCGAGAGCACGACAUCAAGAAGGAAGACGGCUCCUUCUACGAGUUUGGAGAGGACAUCCCCGAGGCUCCGGAGAGGUUGAUGACGGACGCCCUGAACGAGACCAUCCUCCUCUGCCGCUUCCCCGCUGAGAUCAAAUCCUUCUACAUGCAGCGCUGCGCCGACGACAGGCGCCUCACCGAGUCGGUCGAUGUGUUGAUGCCGAAUGUUGGCGAGAUCGUCGGAGGCUCGAUGCGUAUCUGGGACAGUGAGGAGCUGCUGGAGGGGUACAAGAGGGAGGGAAUCGACCCCACCCCCUACUACUGGUACACUGACCAGAGGAAGUACGGAACAUGUCCUCACGGCGGCUACGGCCUGGGUCUGGAGCGUUUCCUCACCUGGCUGCUGAACAGACAUCACAUCAGAGACGUCUGCCUGUACCCACGCUUCAUCCAGCGCUGCAGGCCCUGAACGCACACACACACACACACACACACACACACACACACACACACACACACACACACACACACACACACUCUCUUGGCAUGGGAAACAUUAAAUGUGUUGCUACGGUAUCAAAUCCAAUCAUACUGUUUUGUCCCUAUUCUGUUUUUCUAUCGAACUACGUCCAGUUGGAGAUGCCGCCUGCUUUGCUCCGCCUCAAACCUCACAGCUUUUUCCGAUUUGUUCUGACGUGAAACCUGAGAGAAUUUCUUCCUCUGAUCAUGUUCGAAUUGGUGGAUCAUUAACAAGAAUAAGCACUUAAGUUUCCUGCGAUUGUGUGGAAGUGCUGUUAAAAAAUGUCUCAAUCGAGUUUUCUUUAAAUGCAAUGCGCUUCUGUGGAAAAACAUGUUGAAUGUCAGGAAUUGUUGAAGACCUUGAGAUGUUCAGAAAUAAAUGACCUCGGAGAAGUUCUUCAGUGGCUGAAAUAUGUUGGUGUUUUCUGUGUGUUAGUUGUGGUGUAAAAACAGUGAAGGUACUAGGUACACACUCACACUCACACUCACACACACAUCAUUGACCAACGCUUAAGCAACGAAUCAACAGCGCUGCUUUUGUGCGCUUUUCAUGUAUUUGGGAACGUUAAAAAAGAACGUUCAGAGCAGCCUUUCCAUUUCAGGAUUGAUGGUUUAUAAAUGUGAGAGAAACGGUCUGCUCUCGUGUUUGUGUUUCUGCCUCCUUAGUUAAAACACUCAACUCAAUAAACUGCACUGAAUACA